CACAUUGACAUUGACAGCGAUUUGUUUUGAUAUUUACAUGAUAUUUACUUUUUACUUAUUUACAUUUGAAAAUUGAAGAAAAUACCUAGAAUUUAGAUAGUGUUUAAAUAUUUGGUGUUUACUUAAGAUAAAUUAAAUAAUAUAAAUCAAUACCACGAUAGCUUAUGUGUAUGUCUUACCAUUUUUCAAUUAUUAUAGUGUAAGGGAAGAAAAAUGGUUUUAAUUCGACCAGAAGAUUACGCCGGAGACAAUGCAGACAAUAUAAGUCAAGUUUCUUACAGUGUUAAGACACCCAAACGCGUACUACAAUUUUCUGAUGGAGUGUUGGAAGAAUAUAGUACGGAUGAAGAGGAACAAGAAGAAAAUAAGAAGACAGAAAUUAUUAGUGCAGCGGACAACUUACCGUGGUCAACCUGGCUUUUUUAUAAGGCGCUUUCAGCAGGUAAUUCAUUUCUAUCGGUAAUAGAUUAUUGUGGCGAUCAUUUGGCUUGGUUCUUUGGCAUUACAACACCAAGGUAUUAUUUUGAAUUAGAAGAGUAUAAAAGACGACAAGAACUUGAAAAGAAGCAAGCUGAAAAGGAAAAAGGAUGGUGUGAUAAUAAAGAAACAGUUCAAAUUGAUGAACCAUCAACAAGUGGUUUUCUUACGAAACCCAAAGAGAAUAUCGAAGUUUGAUAUGAUUAAUUUGAUUGUAUUCCAGUUUUUAACAAUUAUUUAACAAUGUUAUUAUUUUUGUACUGAUAACUGAAUAAGAAAUAUUUAGGAAACUAAAAUACUGGUAUACUUCUAAUAAAUAUAUAUUUGUUUAUACUGGAAUGAAUUACAUUAGUCAUAUCCUGACCAAUAUAAAUAUACGACUCUAUGAUCGAAAAAAAAACGGCGUCAGCGAUGGCUAUGAAAUGAUUGUAUGGAGAAUGUCAUCGAUCGUCAUUUCCUAGCCAACUGGACGCCAAAUUUUUCGAUUAUAUGGUAUAAUACUUUAACAAUAAAAUAUGAAAUAUAAUGAAGUUGAUUGUUUAUUAUGAAGUAUCACAGUAUUUACACAGAUUAUAAUGUAACUUGAAAAUGUGAACAUGUGUAUAUGUAUUACACCUAUGGCUGUUAAUAAAAUUUAAAAUGUUGGUAAA